AUGGAAAAUAUUAAAUAUGGUGGUAGGGUGUAUGGCUGAAGGUUUGUAAGCAAGCAGGAAGAAUUCAGAAUUCAUAUGCACUACAACAAGGAAGAUAGAUCUAGUGAUCUUGUAUGACCCAGUGAUCAGUACAUUGCAGUUAUGGAGGAUUUAUUCUGCAGCUAAGAUUUUGAUAAUUGAGCCAUGAACGACAGUGAUGAAGAGCCCACCACAUCUUCCCAGGGCAAUAAUUCAAUGAAUAGUAAUAUAGGUCAUCAAGGUCAGGGUAUAGGUCAUCAAGGUCAGGGUAGUGAAUCAGGUCAAGGUCAAUCUCAAUCCAGUUUAACAAAUCAUAAUCUAAGCCAGGCAAACUGUGUGAGGCAAAAUCCUGGUCAGUCAAGACUUUUUAAUAUCUCAGCAGGUCAUUCCAAUUCUUUGAAUAAUAGUUCUAAUGAUGUCAAUCAUUCAAGUCCUAAAGUUAGGGAUGUAAGUCUUACCAGUCAUUUACAACUAUCUGAAAACAAUUGUGUUGGCAAUUCUAUUAACAAUAAUGGUAAAAAAUCACAUGUUCAGUUCCAGUCCACUCCAUUAACUUAUCAUCUAGACAGACCUCAUGGUCAGCUAUCAUCCUCAGCUCAGCCUGACAUGAACUUUGGUCAAACCAAUCAUCCAGCCUCUUACACCAUCAAAGCCAACAACACACCUAGAACUGGCCAACAACCCAGCCUCAGUUUGGGAUAUAUGAAGUCAGUGGUGCGCGACCUGGAAAACCACGGUCCAUUGUGCAGUGACUCUGGUUUGGCCGAUUCUGGCCAACCAAACUUCAGUGAAAGUCAGACGGGAAUUACUGGUCACAACUUGGGCCAGACCAGCCUCUCCAGUUACAGUUUAGACGAGGCGAGUCAGGUCAGCCCGCCCUUGUCCUUUUCAAGUAAGUCCAGUUACAAUCUGGGAGAGACCAACAGAUUGUUCAGAUACAAUUUUGGUCGCCCCAGUCAGUCAAGUCAUAACAUAGGACAAGUUGGCCAUAACAUAGGACAACUUCGUCAUAACAUAGGUCCCUGCGGAAGUGAAGGACAUGCAAGGCAGCCAAGUAACGCUGCUCAGUCUGUUAUAGCUCCAUAUGAACUGUUUGGACAGAGGAACUGUGGACCAAUCAUGGGAGAAGCCGGUCUCAACCAGGUGAAUGCAGGACCAACAAGUGCAGCUUUCUUGAGAUCUGAAGUAGCCCCACCCACGUUCCUCAGUGACCUUGAUGGUGAAAGAUCGUACACUGCAGCUAAUGCACAAGGGUACCUUGUCCACCACACCUAUGCUGGCUCCUCCUAUACUGGUAAAGGUGGUUCCAAGAUGGAGGAAACAGGUGACGCUUUUCACUCUAUGAACCACGCCGAGCGGAUGUUGAAAAAAAUGGAAGAGUACUCACAUAAACAUUCGCUCUGCGACGUUUAUCUUGUCUGUGGACAGCGCCGCAUUCCCGCCCACAGACUCGUGUUAAGCGCUGCCUCAGACUAUUUUGCUGCGAUGUUCACAAACGAUGUGCGCGAGGCCAACAUGGAGGAAAUCAAGAUGAAGGAAAUGGAUCCAGACGCUCUCGAGGCUAUCGUCAAGUUUGCAUACACUGGUACGAUCGAGCUGCGUGAGGACACAGUAGAGAACCUGCUAGCGACGGCAUGCAUGCUGCAGUUGUCCGAAGUGGUCGAAGCAUGCUGUAACUUCCUCAUGAAGCAGCUCCACCCCUCCAACUGCAUCGGGAUACGCCAGUUUGCAGACGCCCAGGGCUGCUGCGAUCUUUACAAGGUUGCAAACAACUAUGUUAUGGAGCGUUUUGGGGAGGUAAUGAACACACAGGAGUUCCUGAUCCUACCACCAGACGAGGUGGCCAAGCUUCUUGCCAGCGAUGAUCUCAACAUUCAGAACGAGGAGACCAUCUACUCAGCCCUAGUCAUGUGGAUCAACCAUGACCAACCCGCUAGGAAGAAGUACCUUGCCAAACUCAUGUCUCACAUACGCCUUCCACUAAUGUCUCCACAGUUCAUAGCUGACAACGUUGAGACCAAUCCCCUGUUCAAGGACAGCAAGGAAUGUCAAGGCCUGAUCAUGGAGGCACUCAAGUACCAUCUGUUGCCUGAACGGCGCUCCUCCUUCCAGAGUCCACGUACCAAGCCACGCAAGUCAACCGUCGGCAUGAUGUUCGCUGUCGGCGGAAUGGACAGCAAUAAAGGACCAUCAACCAUCGAGAAGUAUGACCUGCGGACCAACACCUGGACCCAGGUGGCCAACAUGAAUGGCCGACGCCUGCAGUUUGGAGUGGCUGUGCUGGACAAUAAGCUCUACAUAGUGGGCGGUCGUGAGGGACUAAAGACGCUCAACACGGUAGAGUGCUAUGACCUGAAGAAGAAGACUUGGACACUGAUGCCUCCCAUGUCUACACAUCGACAUGGUUUAGGUGUGGGUGUGCUGGAGGGGCCGAUGUACGCGGUGGGGGGCCAUGAUGGCUGGUCCUACCUCAACACAGUGGAGCGAUGGGACCCUCAGGCUAAGCAGUGGAGCUAUGUGGCCCCUAUGUCCACCCCAAGGAGCACAGUAGGGGUGGCAGUGCUAUUUGGAAAGCUGUAUGCUGUUGGAGGCAGGGAUGGCUCCUCCUGCCUCAAGUCGGUUGAGUGUUUUGACCCGCACACAAACAAGUGGAUGCCAUGUACACCCAUGUCCAAGCGCCGGGGUGGGGUGGGCGUGGCCACUUGUAACGGGUUCCUGUACGCUGUCGGGGGCCAUGAAGCGCCCGCUACCAAUCCCACAUGCUGCAGAUUUGACUGCGCUGAGAGGUAUGACCCAAAGACUGACCAGUGGACCAUGAUAGCGCCGAUCAGCAACCCACGAGACGCCGUGGGCAUGUGUCUCCUAGGUGACAGGCUGUAUGCCGUGGGUGGCUAUGAUGGGCAGCAUUACCUGAAGGACGUUGAGUCUUAUGAUCCUGUCAACAAUGAGUGGUCCAAGGUUGCCUCCCUUAGCACGGGUCGCGCAGGAGCAUACAUCGUGCACGUGCCUCACAGUUGACAAAGACCGCGCUGGUCACUCUCGUCCCUGAGGAAGUGGCCAUCCGGAUUCUUCAACCGCAAGAAAUCCAAACUGAACUCUAGUCAGUCAGACACGUGUAUAUAGGACACACACUAUGAGCUUUCAAUAAGAAUUGUGCUCAUAUUUGUGCGGCGUCAUGUGAAAAUGGGUUUUAUGACAUGUGCCGCCAGCGUACCUCCUGAACAGUUUGCAAAAUUAGGAAGGUUUGGUGGUCUCAAUAGCAGACAGGGUAGCCCCUGGCAUAACCUGGGUUGUCUGGAGCUACCCUGGCCGCAUAUGGUGUAAGACCCAUUUUCACAAAUCCUGGCUCAUUUGUAAUUGGUAUUCUUAUGAAGUCAAUUUUCAAUGUACAUCAGACUGUGCCAGACACUUGUAUAAGUAUAACCGAGUGCUGUGCCUUGGUGUGACACUUUUUGUGAGGUCAGUUUUGUCGCAGUUGUAUUUUAUCAAGUUAGAAGAUGAGAUUUGUUGGGACUACUCGCUAAUUUCUGAGUGAUGGUUUACUUGCUGCUUAAGGAAUCACUCGGAGUUUGACUAAGGACCAGCUGUGGUAGUGAAGUGUCUUCAUGGCAUUUUUCUGUACACGAGUACUGUGUUUUACUUUCAAAACAGGUGCUAUAUCUGUGGACUAGAGGAUUGUCCGUAUUUCCAGAAGUAUUUGUACUAUGUGAAUGACCAGUUUUGUAACAGUUGUGUUUUGUGUAAUAAAAUGACCAUUGUUUGAUGUUCUUCAAAAUUGUGUUUGAUAAUGCUCUAGUGUAUAUUUGAACAAAUAGACUGAAGGGGUCGACUUUGUUGAAUGGUAUUGUUUUUUAGCAACUAAGGUAUUUUGUAUUGAUUCUCGGUACAUUCACCCUUAAUAUGUCUAAACACUUUUAAGUCCUGUUUUUAAUAGGCCAGUGUGUUUGUGAGAUACUGAAUGUGUAAAGGGGCCAAUUAAAGGACUGAGACGGUAAUCUUUUCUGUAUACAUGAUUUUUGAGUAUGUCAUUUUUGGGGCAUUUAUUGUCUUUUGGAUGAAGCCAUUUUCCAGGGCAUUGUUUAAACAUUAUUUUUAUCAUGCAUUACUUGUCUCUAUUGUUUUCACUCAUAUUCUGUUUUUGUAUUAAUGUAAUUAUGAAUAUGUUUUUCUGUCAAUACAUGUACCUUUAUAUUCUAGAGAAAUUAGUUUUUAAUUGUUUUAUAUGUAACCUUAUUUUUGAUGCUGUUGUGAGGCAAUUGCAAUUUACAAUAAAACAACUGCUAUUCAUCAUAUGUGCUUACAACGAAUCAACGUGUAUUCAAGUUUCAUGAUAUUUGUAAGUGGCAAUAACAGUAUUAUUUGGCAAAUAUUGUAGUAGGCAUAAUGAAUUGAUUUGUAUUUGAUCACAUAAGAUAUUGAAUGGCAUGGAAUUUACAACAAUUAUAAGCAAAUCAUAACUACGGAAAUCCUCUGUUAAACGGUUGUAAUAUUUUACACAAAAGUGCACAGGUAAUUUCUAAGCAAUUUUGAAACAAGCUUGUAAUUUUGAGUAAAUGGAAAUUAAUUAAUUUAACAAUAGCAGAGGUUAAGUUCACAUUUUCUUGGCAUUCCCACAUCCAUCAAUUGCAUUAAUGAAUUCAAGAAUUGCCAAUACAGGUACAUGUAUUUUUAAGCAUAAUUCUAAUUUGUUGUGAUAAUGAUGACAUAAUGAUAAUAUAUAUAUAUAUAUAUAUAAUAUAAUAUAUAUCUUCUCACUGAAAAGUGCUAUAUUAAUAUCAUUCAGACAGAAUAAACGUAAGAAUUUCUUAUAUGUACAUAAAUAAAGUACUACGUUUCUAUAAUUGAUGCAUGUUUGACGAGAGUUGUUUGAAAUUUAAGGACCAUUCAGAAAACAAGAUCUUUUUUCUUUUUAGAUUAAUCUUUGUAGACUAAGGUGAAUACUCAUUGUUAAUACAAUUUGUUCAAUAUAAUAAUGCAAAUCAAUUUUUAUUUGGCAAUUUGCACCAUGAUCUAGAUUAUUCCCUAGUACUUGUCAGACUGCAUGCAAAGUAUCAACCAAACUCUUGGAAAAUCGGGCUUAAUGCAUGUAAAUAAAGUUUGGUCCCUGAUUAGCCUGUGCAGUCUGCAUGCAUGGACUUAUCAUGGACAACACUUUUAUGCAAUUUUUCUUGUAAAGAAAGUCUUUUCCAAAUUAAAAUUCAGUCAAGGCAAAAAGUAUUGGCCUUGUUUAGCCUGGGACAGUACAUAAAGCACCUGCAUUAAGACAGGGUUUUGUAGAGAUGUGCUCAUAUACCUGUGUAUAUUUGUUCAGUGUUAAUUUUUGGACUCUGUCUUGCAUGUGCUAUUCAGUCCCUAGUCCUACACUGGUUGUAUUUGUAGAAAUUCCAAUCCUUUAUCAUGAUCAAUCAAAAUAAUAAAUUAUAAAUUUUCUUCAA